AUCAUGCCAUCACCACCAAUCAGCUUCAGCUUAUGAUCAUCAUCAUUGUCAACGUGGUGAUAUGUGUUUCAUUGGCUAAAAUAAUCAUUUGACCUAUGGUCAACAACUGAGGCGCAUUCGACUACUAUUUCGAUCUCACAACACACUACUGUAUAAUAAUGAAGUUCGUUGGCUUUGCUCCAGUUUGGAACAAUAACUUAACAGUAUACCACGGCCAUAUCGGAGGCUCGCGCAGUCUGUCUCUAGCUAGCUCUCGAGUAGAUCUACGUAAAUCUUGACCAAUAUAUCGACAAUCAAAGUGAUGCUACACAUUUGAGAAUCAUGAGCAGAUAAACAUUCCAGACCAGUCCUGCACCGAGGCUUAGAAAUGGAAUUAUUAAAUACGAAGAAAGGGACUUUAGCGAUCAUUUUCUGUCUUAGCACCCCAGUCUUUAUCGUCUCCAUCUUAUAUAUGAAAGAAACGUCAACAUUGCCAGUACCAAAGGUGGUCGCUGUCAUCACCAGAUGGGGUCGCGCUGGAGAUGACCCUAACCAUACCUCACAUAGCAACAACUCUACCUCAAAUACAAGCCAAUUAAUCACCAAUGUAAGAACGUUAACGCCUAAAGCUAAGCCCGACGCGAACAUUCCGGGAGAUUUAUUUGUGUUUUCGAAGCAGUCUGUGCAGGAUGUAGCAAACGUGAGCAUGAAUGCAAGCGAGAGGACUAAGAAAGAUGGAGGGAAUGAAACGGUUUCUGUUCUCAUCAGGAACGGGGGAAUGUUGAUUGACGAUGUUCCUGCAAAGGACCCCUCUAAGGACAAUGAGAAGCCAGUGGUGGAUCCUGUGGUCAAGGAUUUAAGUGGCUAUGAGUCUGUUGUCAAUGCUAAAAGUCACCUGUAUAUCAAAUGCCCUCAGUGUGCCUACGUGUCCAGUUCUGGUCAACUUCUAGGAACCAAGGCCGGGGAGCUCAUUGAUUCUUAUCCUUGUGUCAUCCGUAUGAACAACGCCCCUACCAAAGGUUUUGAAGCCGACGUAGGAAGCAAGACAACAGUUCGUGUGGUAGCCCACUCGGCCAUUCCAGGAGUGUAUUCACAAAGGUUCUCAUUACUGAAAGGUGCUGGUCAACCGAAGUUCAUUGUGGUAUGGGGUCCUAGUUAUCAGAUGAAGAAAGACGGCAAAGGAAAGGCCUUUAACAUUGCAACAACUCUUUACAAGGAAUUUUACAAAGACGGAAUGCAAGUGUUUGCACUUUCACCACAUCAGAUAUCCUACGCAGACAAAGUCUUUGAAAUGGAAACUGGUAGAAAUAGAAUUUCGUCUGGUUCGUGGUUGAGUACGGGAUGGUUCACCAUGAUGCUAGCGCGUGGUAUAUGUGAUGAGAUUACAGUCUUUGGCAUGGUAAAAGAAGACCACUGCAAGCUAAAUCCCAACUCCAAAGUGCCAUACCACUACUACCAGGCCCAGAGCACCAAGGAAUGCUCAUUCUAUCGAAGUAGCGAGAAAGCCAAGAAGAACAGUCAUCGUUUCAUGACAGAGAAAGGCGUCUUCUCUCGAUGGUCCAAACAGGAGCCUAGGAUAUCAUUCAAGUAUCCUGACUGGUCUGCAAGAAAAUAAUCUUAUCUUGGUAGGACUUCAAUACUUCUAUGAGUUAAAGCUGUAAGACCCUAUAUCAAAGAGUCAAAGCUGCAUCUAAAGAAGCCUUGAUAUUGGUUUAUUUCAAGUUUGGUGUUGGUGCUAAUAUUGGUGUCAGAAGCACUGUUGUGAAUGCCUUCCUUAGCACCAAAAACCCAAUCUAAUUCCACAAAAAUUACUGGGUGUUUGGGAUUGGUGUUACAGCUCAGUUUGGACCAGCCACCCUAAAUCUAACCAAAAUUUGCCAAAAAUGAAUUUCGAGAUUUUCAUUGAGCUUGUAAACAAGCAUAUCCUAAGCUUUAAAGUGAUAUUAUAUAACUCAUCAAAAUUGAUCAACAAUAAUCCGCACAAGUGCUUGAUUGAAUGCAGAGGAAUUUCAGCGAGAGGUUAAAAAAUAAGGAGAAAACGUGGUUUGGAGUUCACGGUUCACUCAAGCAUGGGAUGUGCACAAUGAGCUGUCUAAAACUUCCAAACAGUCUGCAAAGAUGGUGUCAAAGAAAUUUGUGUGCAAUUUAGUUUUGUCAGAAGUGUAUCAAUGAGAUAUGAUUAUUUACGUCUGGGACCAACCUUUAAAGGUCACUAUCAGAAAGACGUGACCAGGACUUGAACCUCGAACCUCUGCAUCAAUUUGUAACCUCCCCACCUAGCUUGGAUUACAUGCGCAUGCCACAAUGCCCAGUUGUAUUGGGCGUAUAUAGUCUUCAAUUCAUUUUUACAACUCAAAAUUUUUACAGUAUGACGAAUAAGUAUUACUCAUUCAGGUAAGCUUAUAUUUCUGUUUUUUUUGCUUUUUGAAGACCAAAUUACUAUUUAAGGGAU